AUGGUCCACAAGUUAAUUUUAGUCAGACACGGUCAAUCCGAAUGGAACGAAAAGAACCUUUUCACCGGUUGGGUUGAUGUUAAACUUUCUGAAAAGGGUAGACAAGAAGCUGUCAGAGCAGGUGAAUUGUUAAAGGAAGCAGACAUCAAGCCAGACGUCUUGUAUACCUCUCUGUUAACCAGAGCUAUUCAAACCGCUAACAUUGCUUUAGAAAAUGCAGAUAGAUUACACAUUCCUGUCGUUAGAUCCUGGAGAUUAAACGAGAGACACUAUGGUGCCUUACAAGGUAAGGACAAGGCACAAACUUUGGAAACAUAUGGUCCAGAGAAGUUCCAACAAUGGAGAAGAUCUUUUGAUAUUCCACCACCACCAAUUGAGGACCAUUCCGAGUUUUCUCAAUUUGGUGAGGAAAGAUACUCUAACGUCGAUCCAAAUGUUUUACCAAAGACUGAAUCUUUGGCUUUAGUUAUUGACAGAUUAUUACCAUUCUGGCAAGAUGUCAUUGCUAAGGAUUUAUUGGCAAACAAGACUGUCAUUAUUACUGCACAUGGUAAUUCUUUAAGAGGUUUAGUUAAGCACUUGGACAACAUUUCCGAUGACGAUAUUGCGGGUCUUAACAUCCCAACUGCUAUUCCAUUAGUCUACGAGUUAGAUGAUAACUUAAAGCCAAUCAAGCCAGCUUACUACUUAGAUCCAGAAGCAGCAGCAGCAGGUGCAGCAGCAGUUGCAGCUCAAGGUCAAAAAAAAUAA